GCACAUUGUAAGAUGAAUACUGUUCAGAUAAGAACAGUUACAGAAUAAUCGACUUUAGCAAAGAGGAUGGUGAAGAGUAAUAUGAGUUAACAUAAUGGAAAAUUCAGUAUCAGUAUAAAACAAAAUGUAUUGCUCUCUGCCAUAUCACAUAAAAUAGUAAAUAUCAGCUUUCCAUCUUAAUAUACGAUUUCAAAAAGUCAGUGAACAUCAUUAGUACUAUAUAACUGCUUAAUUAUUAUCUACUUACUCAAGUAACUCAAUGAAAAAUAGUUAUAAGAUCAAGAAAUUUCUUUUAAAAUAAUUUCCAAAUUAGAAUAGAAAAAAAAUCAGAUCCAAGUGACAGGAAUUAUAUAUGCACCUUUAAUUUUAAACUAUGAGAAGAAGAGUUUCUGAAAAAGAAGUUUUCAUUUUUGUUUAUACAUAACCUUAUUGUAAAAACUGUCAUGACUGGCGACAUAAGUUGAAAAUUUAUUUUCCUAGUAAAUGCUUAUAUAUCUUUAAUAUGGAUCAAGCUGAAGCGAGAAGAGAAGCUAGAAUACGAAAAAUUUUGGAAAACUCUGAAAAGAGAUUACAGAAAAUUACAGGUGUUGAAAAUAAAAGUACUAAAACUUCAAUAGAAGGAACUAAUCGUUUUCAAAGUCAUAAAGAAGAAAGUGGUUCCCUUGCUGACAAUUUUCCUUUAUCGGGUAAAAGUGAUAAAUAUAAUAAACCCAGUAACUUGGACCCAACAUGCAACAGUUCACUUUCAGAUGAAUAUACAUCAAAUACUCAGUUAAAUUCUUUAGAUGAAAAUCUAUUAUUAGAAUCUUCAAAAAACAAUUCCAAUAGAAAAGUAAUGAUUGUACUACCUUUUAUAUGGAGUAUUCUGAUAACAACUUGUAACAUUUUUCAGUUAAAUUUUAGUGAAGUUUAUACUAAUAAGAUUUUUCUACCUUUAAUAGCAUUUGAAAUUAAGGAUCUCUAUUUUUCUCCUAGCAUUUCAAAUACGAAAUCUAAAUUACUAUCAGCUAUGUCACUUUUAACUGGUAAAAUGUAUUCAAGAAAAAAAUUCCAUUUUAUACUCUAUAUAGUGAAAAUCCUUCAAGAUAUUAUGGUUUAUUUUUUCAUUUUUGUUUCUAGUCAGAUAUUUAUCAAAUCAAUUUUUAAGUUAGAAAUCCAAUUAUAACUUCAGAUUUAAAUAUUUUGUAUCAUUGAAUAAACUCAUCUGAAUUUAUGAGACUUGUAUUUAGAAUUACCCACUCCAACAGUAAGAACUGUGAGGUAAGCGGCUACCAAUAAAUAAAAACUACAUCUCAAAACAAUAUGUUCUGCUUAUAAAUCAUGUAGAGACUAUGCUUGAAAACCUAAAUUGAGAAAAUAUCUAAUAAGCUACAAGUGUCAACAUUUUAGCUAGGUGAAAUAAGAUAUCUUGUUCACUGAAUCUUAUCUUAACCAAAAGUAUAUCUAAUAACAUUGUGGAAUUAAACCACAUUACAAUAUAUUGAUAUCAACUACGAAAAAACAUUCUAUAUAGCAAUGAU